GCUUUUUGUACGCAACCCUAAUCAGCACUAAUUUUCGUAAUAGGUUUCGGAAUUUCAAAUUUCAGUGUGCCCGACUAAAUAAACACGUGCAUAAGGGGUAAUAAAAUUCCCUGCAUUACGGCAGCAGCAGCUGCCAACACCAGGCCAUUCAUAAAUAUGUGGCGCGCGCGUCUCAGUCGAUUACGGACCGGUGUGCAAGAAUGAAGUGUUUGAAAGUGCUGUGCGGUGGUUUUUGAAGCGAGUUCGUUUAUAAUUCAAAUUGCCAAUUCGGUAGAGCAGUCAACAAGGAAAUGGCUCAGUGGGAACAAUACCUAUACUUCCGGGCUGUCUAACAAAUUUCACGCGAAAUAACGGUAUUUGUAUAAACAAAUGUGUACGAUACAAAGUGACAGCAAAUUAAUUUACGAAUUACUCGUAUAAUAGUUGUGUUACUUAAAGCAAAAUUGUGAACAAAUAUGCAGUAAUACUGUUGAAUGUAGUGUUGUUGUUCGAAGUUUUUCUAACUUUUAAAAACUAAUUUUAACACGAACGUUACGUUUGAAUUAAUUUGGUGUGUGGCCAUUUCAUACAUGUCUUAAUUCCGCACCACAUAAAGCAUAUAUAAACUUCUGAUUCAAGUGACGAACAAUGUUGGUAGAAGAAAACCAGUAAAACCGCCUUGCCAGCAUCGCCAGUCACUUACCUGUAUACCUACCAACGUGUCCCGGUCUACAUGAGCCAAACAAACCAUUGAGACUGCCGUGAAAGAAUCUUGAAAAGAGCGACAGCCACGCGAUAUGUCGAAGCAACAUACUAUGAAUCUUAUAGAUGCUUAACAGCUCUACAUCGCUGACCGAGAAUGAUAACUGAACCAAUUGUUUUGCGUUUGAUUUGAGUUGAGAGAAGAUAUCCGUGGGUUGGAGUGCGAAUAAAGAUAUGAAAUGUAAUUGUACUGAAGUGUAAAGUGUUUGUAGAAAGAGUGAAUGUAAGUAUAAGGCAAUGUUUGGGAACACAUAACCAACUUGAUCAAUAACUAAAAUAAUAUUAAAUAUUAUAUAAAAUAACAACAAUCACACACAUGUAAACAUAACUCAAACUAUAGGGAAAUUCUGAAAUAUUGUGCAAAGAUUAAUAUACAUACACAUAAAAAUGCUUCUAUUGAGAAGCAUAAAAACCAAGGAAGCUAUUUCAUAAACCCAGCGGGGCGACGAAAGGGCAACCGUGUAUGCUGGCAGCCAAAGGCGCUGUGUCUGUGCCUGUACUGAGGAUUUAUUAUACGAACAUGAGCUCAAAGUUGUUUUUCCAGUUUUUUGCUUUGAACCACGACAAGCAUUAAAAAUAUUUACAGUGCCGGCAAAUGAAGAUGAAGAAAAUGUUGAAUAUCAAAGCUAACAUUAAAAAAAAAUUAAAAAAGUAAAACAAAAAGUGCGACAAGGGAGCAGCAGAGGUGAAAAUUAAUAAGUGAGAGAAGUUCUUAAAGUGCAGUAGGUGCUGAUAAUAAGAAAGCGUAAUAUACAUAUAAGGUGUAGAACCAUAUCAACAGCAGAGAUUAAGCGAUAAGUGUAAUCAGUUAAAUAUAAAAAAAAAAUUAAGUAAAAUAUGUUUAUCAUUUAAAAAGUGUUUAUAAAAAGUGAUGUGUAAUGAAGAAAAAAUGCUGAAGUGCCAGUGCCAAAAAAACCUCACAGUGCCUACUUAUUGUGAAAAUAAAAUUGGUUUUAUAUAAAACCACACUGCCAUUUUUUAACAACCUAACAUAAUGUAGUAAUUUUUCCUUACAACAAAGUUUGAUUUCGCAUUGUAAUAACAAUUGUAAAAAGUACCAAAACGUUGCCGGCCGGUCGCCACCCAUUUUGCCUACGCAAAUAAUUGCGAUAACAAACAAAAAUACCAACUCUCUUCACAUACUUAAGCACACUGAGAGCCGAAGAUGCCAUUCGUACAGCGUGUCGUGCAACCGACACGGCUGGCAUUAGCUUCCGCCUCCUCCAGAAAUGAGGAGCGCACGCGAGCCGCCAAAUUCCAAUGCACGCCCGGCAAAUGUAAAAACAACAACUGCAUUAAUAAACAAACGAUACAAACACAACUGCCACAACAACACAUGAGCGUAGAAAAUGUGAGAGAGGAAGCUUGUAUUGAGAAUGGUGGUGUACUUUCAAGGACAACAUCCAUUGCCAAGGACACUGCACAGCAGCAGCAGCAACAGCAAACAAGGAGUCUUGCGGGCACACCCACCGCGGGUGCCAACCACACCACCGUUACACGAGCUAUAAUACACGUGUCGCAGCAAAACGGCGAAACAACGAGCACACUUGGUUUCACAGCAACAAAAGCAACUGCCACAUCAGCGCCAACAACGCCGAUGCGUGAUGUCGUCGAUUGCUCACAUCAUAAUAAUCAUCAUCAACAACAACAACUUCAGCAACAGAAUCAAAUAAACGGUUAUACAUGCAGUUUCAGUUAUGCUACCGAUACGGAGGAAGAGAUUUCCGUGGCAUCAACAUCCACACCAGCGGCUCCGCUUUCAUUAAAGAAGCUCAAACACCAUGUGGAAUUCUUGUCCACUGCACCAUCGCCAACUCGUAGCGCCAGCGCUGGUGAGAUCGGCCAGCAGCAGCAAAGUCAACGACAAUUGCAACGACAGCGUCAACAACGCACACAAUCGCCAACAGCAGCGAAAAUUGUGUCCGGUCAUGAAUUCGAAUCCAUCAGUAAUCUCACAUUGAGCAAUGCCUUGCGCCAAUUGGCAUCGCUGGUGCUGUUAGCAAAUGAUAUUUUCGAUGAGUUGCAGACAGAGCUGCUGUCGGUUGGUGAGCGUGCGCGCACCGUACAACGUAAAAUCAUAGCUGUGGAGCAGCGCGUCUCCGUCUACGAUCCGAAGAUGGUCACAGUUCCUGAGAGCGACCUCUUAACUUUCGCGCAGCGCAAAACGCAUUUCGAGUGCGACAAGUCGCUUCGCAAGGAGCUCUUCACCGCCACCACACGUCCGCCCAGUGUUCGUAUACUGUAUGAGGAGGCGGCCCGAGUUAGGCCAACACCAGCCGCCCUCGCCUACCACUCACCGCAUUCGCCACGCUCGUUUACAUCGGCUGAUGGGGCGAUGGUGUGCGGCGAUGCCGCCAACGCGGAUUGUGCACCGCUACUGGAUGGCAUGAGCGCUGGCGACUUCGAUGAACUGGUUUGUACGCCCGUCUUUGGCAAAACCAAUCGCAAGAUGCACACCAGAAUUGAUGCUGAAAUUGAAAUAAGAUUGCCCGCCGCCAUUGAAGAUCUCCGCAAGUGGACAUCGAGCGAAGCGUUAGGCGACAUGACGGUCACACCCGAUUGUAUGCAUCAUGUUGACACGUCCAUUAGCACCUCGAUGGUGAUCGGCGAUAAUGGGGUAUUGACACCCGCCCUAUCUCCGUCCGUGCUGUCGGCCGAUGCAGUCGACGCACUUUACGCCAUAAAUGUCAGCCAAAUUGGCGACAAUACGCAACUGCCUAACGAUAUAAAUAAAGAUGUGCCUUUGAAUCAUCGACUGCCUUCACCCGAGGAACAAUGUAAAAUAAUAGCUUUAAGGUAUCCAGCCGAAGUGAUCUCGGUGGACACGUCGGGCAAACGUUUCCAGCGCAUGUGUGCGGCGCGCAAAUCUACAACCGGUUGUUAUACCGGCAACAUGGCCGAGGCGAACAAUUUGAACGAUGACGUACAAACGGUAAGCCGACGUUCACGUUCGAGACGUGUACGCGGCAAACGACGUAACACAAUCGCCGGCACCGAUCAGAAGGAAAUUCAAGAUGCGGCAAAUGGUGACUCGACAGCAACAAGCGGUGAGAUUAAAAACGCAUUAACCGACGUCGCCGUCGCCACCUCACAAGGCAAUGCCAAUCUUCCCGUAGGAGCCAGCACGGAUGGCAAUGACGAAGAUGUGCGUCGUGGCGAUAAAUCGAAAAAGUUCGGGCGCAGCAAAUCGAGCGAUAUCUUAAAAAAAGAUGCUGUUGCCUUGCCCUACGAUAAGGGGAAGAGCACAUUGACGCGCCUAAAUUCCCUUAAACAAUGGGGCCGCAAUCGCUUCAAGUUUAUGCAACGCGCCGAGACAGCAACGCCGUCGGGCACCGAUAGUGGCGCCAAUGAUGUAUCGGCGUGCAGCAGCAGCAAUAGUUCGCAGCAACAAACCACGACGCCAGAGAAAGCAGAGCCCAACAGCGGUAACAGCAACGUCAGCAAUGCAGCUAAGGCAAGUCAAUCAACGCGUGGCGUGACGGGCGAUAUUGAUGAUGAAUGCGUUGUGCAUGAUUUGGUGAGCCAGAAGAGCGAAGGUCGGUUUUCGCACGAACGAAAACCGUCAUAUUCGUCGUCGGAGAAGAGCAUGAGUGUUAGUAGCAGUGGUCACCUUAAAGGUAAACUGCAUCUGGCCACCUGUGGUAAUGUGAAGUUGCGUGAUACCUCAUCGUUGAAUCGUCAACGACGACUCGGUAUCACCAACAAUGGUGCUUUGGGCGGCAAAGAGGAACAACCGCAUUCAUCUAGCGGCAAUUGGAGUGCCAGCUCUGAAUCAGGACGCGCUUCGAUAGGUAGUGAAAUCACUAUACAACCCAAAUCGAGCGCAUCCAACACAUCGCUUAAUGUAUCAAGCUUUCAUCCGGGUAGUGGGCCGCCAUCGUCUAUGAUGAGCCGACGCCGUUUCCUAAACACUUCCGCCUCGAGUAGUGUGACUAGCGAGGGUACCGCUACACCUGAUUUACAGGUAGCCGAUGGUUCAUACCCUAAUCAUUUGGAUGAUGAAACAAGCUCGGCAUAUUCGUGCGACACAGAAGGCUAUUACACCUCAUUUCACAUGGAUAGCGGUUUGCGCACGCUGAAAGAGGAAGAUCCGCCAAUGACACCGUUGCAACACAAUCAAAUGCUGCAUACGAGUAAUUAUUCUUUCGGCAGCCAGUCCAAUCAGACCGUAUUGACGGCCGAAAAUGAAUAUGAACUCUUCGGCAAAGGCUCCACAUCGACCACUACUAGCUCUGCGGGCACUGUUUGCACAACGCUCUUGGUAGGUGGCGAACAAAGCAGCCUGAAUAGCGUGGGCCCUGAUGUGCCCGAACGCAUUAGCUCAUUGGGUAAGUUGAACAAGAAUAAUCACAGCAAUAGCGCAAGCACCAGCACGCUUGAACGCAGCUACUCCAGCAGCACAAUAGGUAGCACUUUAGAACGCACUGGCACUAUAAAACGCAAUGUUAACGCCGGACUCAAAUUAAAUACCGCCGCCGAUGCGGAGGAUAUUGAUGACAUUAAAAGUAGUUUUGAUACGCCCGAGUCACAAGAAGAAGAAUUUGAUUUUGAGAAACGUAUACGCCGACGCUCUGCGCAACCUUUGCCUGCAGUGGUCGCUGUGUCCGAAGUAGAAUGCUCCGAAAGCUCCGAUUUGGAGGGUGUGGAACGUAUUGAACGCAUAAAGCAAAAGACUGCAAUUAACGUAAAGCGCAUUCCGUCCAUGUGUAUCAUAACACCAACCACUAGCGAUGACGAGAACCAAAGCAGAGAUGGCGGCGACGGCGAUGCCGAUGAAGCUUACGACCCAGACCGCACUUUAACACCACAAAGCUCGCCAUGUUCGAAAGCAGCUGCAAAGGCAGAAACCGCCCUUAAAGUGGAAAUAAACGAAGUUACCGGCUAUUGCACAGUGGAUGCCGUGAACACGACGAAUAAAAUAACGGAAGCGCCACUCACCCCUACCAAGGGUGAUAAAGACCACAACCUGAAUGUGCUUAAACGUAAUUCAAAUUAUGCAUUCAACAUGUUCGAAAAAUUAAAGGUCGUCUUGCCAAGUAUUAAACGUUCGCCCAGCAAAAGCUCACAACCCGAGAGUGUGGUUGACGAUGAUGAGCUAUACGACACAGCCGGUGAGUAUGUGACAAUUGCAGAUAUUAGCAACAACAAUCGUCAUAAACAAUUGUCAGCUCAGAAGGCAGUGGGUGCUAGUAGUCUUGGAAUCUACUAUUCCAAUGACAUAGUUCGACGCAAGUUCGACAUUGCCUCCGCUUCCGCCGACGCUGUAACGAAGGCUAACGAGCCAGCUGCAGCGGCUGUGGAGGCUAGAAAACGCGAGACUGAGUACGUUUCAUUGAAUGAGCUACCACAGCAUUUGCGUAAAGUUGGCAGCAGCAUAUACAGCAGCAGUACUGCAUUGAGUGCAACAGCCAACAAUGAAAUUACCGAUGGCAAUGUAAGCCAACAAGAGGCGAAGCAACCUACAACCACAGCGCUCAUGCACUGCGCAGAAUCCGCACAACAAAGGAAAUCAGUUGUUGAGUCCGCCGUACCCAUGUAUGCUGAAAUCAGCGAAGUACGAGAGCAGUCUUUGGUCUCUCCGCUAACGCAACACAAGGGUGCUCGCGUCCGUCUAAAUUCGCAGGGUAAAAUUAUUUACGAAUCCGACAGCCUGAAGCGACGCAAGGGCGCACACACAACAUUCGCACCUGGACCAUAUGUAAAGGAAACUGAAAGUGCGCUGCCCGAAAUCAUAAGCGUCAACGCACAAACACACACGCACCCCUUACAGCCGACGCAAUUGCAAGCCCAAUCUCAGUUGCAGUCUCAUUUGGGCAGUGAAAGUGCAAACGUGACGAAAACGAAUGUUUCGGCAACGGCAAAAACAACAGCGGCCAAAUUACUGUUACUAAAUGGUGCUGUAGCGGCGAACCGAAAAAUCGCCAAUGUGCGUCCCAUUGUUGCAAAGUCACCAUUAAUUUUAGCCAGACAACAGCAACAGCAACAACAAGCAACACAGCCGAAUUACACCGGACAGCUAGCCAAUAAUCAAGCGAAUAUGUCAUUGUCGUCUGGCUUGUAUGAGGAGCCGCAUGCUACACUGGCGUACAGCAGCAGUUACCAAGACAACAAGAAUAUGCUGGCCAACAAUACAAAUCCAUUCUUCCAAACCAAUAUCAUUACACAGCACACCGCAGCACCGGCGACAGCGCUUAUGAUGAUGCCCUCACCAUCGACCAAGUCCACUUCAUCCACGGGCUCCACCAUAUCGUCGAGCGCAUCCACGAAUACCAGCAGCGGCACAUCGAGCGCAUCAUCCGCCAAGGAAGAAGGUUAUCAACGUUUCUAUAGAACGCGGGAUCAACAACAACCACUGCCACAACUGCCAGUUGAUUCGGAAGCACAGUCAACGAUGGAGGCGACGACGCCUUUCCAGCGCAACACACCCAUCUAUUGGACGCUGCAGAAUCGCAAACAACAAAAGCCGCCUCCAAGUAAUGUCUCCUGCCGCGACGACCUCUAUGCCACGCCUAUAAAACGUUCCGAACGAGUGGCGCGAGCCGCAGCGGCCGCGGCGCAAAAUGGUGCGAAUGGUUUGAAUGUCGCCAGUAAUCUAUCGCCGAUAGUACCGCGCAAUCGUAACGGUUUUCAAACAUCUACGCCAUCGCGAGGCGAUGAUGCCGCAUUGGCUGCGCUGAAUAAUUCUCCCUGUCGCCAACCGCUGAGCCGCAAUCCGAAUUGGGCUGCCGAUAAUUCGCCGGAGCGCUACAACACUUGCUCGGAUCGUAUCGGGCAUAGUAAGACAAGUUUGUUGGACUUCAAAAAGCUUUUGCUAGCGAAAUCGACCAAAACAAGUCCUGUGCAACGGAAACUCUCUGCAGUGGAGUUAUUGAAAAAAACGAGUCCCGUUAAUACAGGAACAGCGGAAACAACGCCAGUCAAUAAAGCGGGUGCAGUCAGUGGUACCCAGUCAUUGAACAGCAGCAUGAAGCUGUUGGACCUAAGUGGAUCGCCGAAAACUUUCGCCAAUCGACGUAUGUUGCGGCAAGGUCAGUUCGGCUCGCCUUCUAAAAGCUUCGCGCCCAAACUGAAGAGUGCCACAGGUGGCGGUCUAGCAAAUACGGUGCAGCGCACCAAUAUUAUGUCCACCACCAUACUGGAGGUCAACAGCGAGGAAGAUCAUUCCAGCACGGCAUCGAGCACGAACAGCUCGAACGGCAGUAAUGACAAGGAAAUGGCGACGCCAAUCACAGCAGCGAAUACGUCCGAAAGCAUUAACAGUCGCGCAUACGAUUUGAAGCGAAACUUCUUCCUACAAACCGAGGAAAACAAUUUCAUGCGUGGCGAAAUGAAGACGGCAUUCAGCAGAAGUAACAACACGCCGUCGGCAACAAACUUGACUCCAGCGCCAAUGGCGACUGUCACUGCGGGCACAGCCUUAGCAAACAACAAAUUCUAUGGUGGACAGCAGUUGAGCGCCGCUAAUGGCAGUCCCUUAAGGGCAACGUUGAAUUACGAAAGCACUCGUUUCACAACGCCUACGCCAACGCCGACGGCAACGUUGACGCCGGCGGCAACAGCGCCUGUUACGCAUAUGCCGGCACUGGAGACGGCGCUCUAAGCGCAGACACGCCUACAGCUUACAUUGAUGCUGACAUUCAGUUAUAGGAAACGAACGAAAAGCAAUUUCGAAAACAAUUAACGAACGUUCAACGUGUGUUUUAUUUUAUUUUUAAUACUCUUCGUGACGCUUGAAGGAAUCGAAAUCGAAGCGAGGCGACGAAGAGCUGAGGCUAGCUGUAGUAGUGUGAUGCUAAAUGCUUGAUGCCAAUUUUCGAAAUAUUAAAUUAUAUGUUUUAUACACACACACACAUACACACUUUACCGAUUGCACAUAUACAGUUAAAAAAUUGAAAUGCGUCAAAUGCUUACGCUUCAGCGCUCACGAUUGUUCAUUACUAAUCAAUUGCAUAUUUACAAUGCAAGAACAAAACCGAAAUCGUUUAGUAUUACAACAACAUAUGCAUUUAUAAAUAAACAAACAAAUAUAUAUAUACAUUAACAUAUAGCAUAUGGAUGCAUUUAAAUACAGGUAUUGAUAUCACUUUACAGAGCCAUAUUUGAGAACCGCACAUACAUGAAAAAAAACUUUACACAACAGAGUAUAUAAAAAUAAGCAAAGCAUACUUUUAGGCGUUUAGCAUAUGCAAUGAAAAAAUAAGCACUAUAAGCACACAUACAUAUAUUGAUAACCAUAUUGCCGCGCGUAAACGCUUGGAAUUUGCAAAAGAAAAAUUAAUGGAAUUAAAUUAAAACAACAAAAACAAACCUACACAAGUAUUUCAAAUGACAAGCACACACAAUCUAACUUUCUAUGCAAAACUUAUGCUUCGAUUUUUGAAGUACACAGCCGCCAGCUAAAUGUUAAGAAAUCUCCAAAUAUAUGUAUUAUGACAAGCAUACCAACAUAACGGGCCAUUUAUGUAUGCAUACAUGAUUUUGCAUCGCUGGCCGACCAUCUAACUGAUAACACUUAUUUAUAUCAUAUAUUUAUUCUAUGGCAUAAGAAGCAAAACAGAUUAAAAAAAAAGCGAAAACAAAAAAAAUAUGUACUUUCAAUUCCUAAACGCUGAAACGAUUGCCUUUUCUCUUCGGUUAAAAUUCAAAUGAGAAAAUAAAAAAAUAAAUAUA